UUUCGUGUCAACUUCUCUUCCUGUCGAUCUCUCUGCAAGACAUCUCGCAAAUUAAAUGAGCUGGAUUUGAAAUUUUGCAUUCAACCUUAGCAAAGCCUGCUACGAAACGUGGUGUGGUGUAUAUUUAAAGUAAUCCCCUCAUUGUUAAUGCCCUUUAAGAUAUCAUUCAUAACAUUACAAACAUGAUUAGUUUUGUAUUUGCAUUGAUCGUAACUAAACUUAUAUUCAAGCAUUUAAUUUUAUGUCUUUGUAUAGGGACAGGCAUAGGAAUUACCGAUUGCGGAGGUUGCAAUCCGCCAAAAGUUACCAAGGAAGAAUCCGGGCCAAAACCACCUUCAGAGUUCAUGCCACCCUCCCCUCUCUUGUUGCUGGAAGAAGAAAGUUGUGCCAAUCAAAAUAUUAAUGAGGACCUCACUUUUAUUGAGUUCUAUGGUGACAAGGUUAUGUCGUCAAUGCAAUGGGUUAUAGACGAGUUUUGGAUUCAAUGUUUGCAUGCUAUCCAAUAUUUUGAACUAUGGUGAAUCCUCGACAACUUAAUGCAGGCAUGUUUGUGAUAAGAAGUAAUGAGAAGUAACUCAUUAAACAAUAUAUAAAGAAA